UUCUUUUAAAAAAAAAAUUAUAUCACAAUUCACCUCCUUAAGAUAUACACUACUUAAUGGUUUAUUAAUCAGCUCAUUAUAUAAAAAGAGUACAUAAUUUGAUCUCCCUCUCUCUCUUUAACUUGGAGAAGUUGUCGAAGAUAUUCUCAUUCUGAAAAGUCAGCGUCUCUUUCUCGUUUCAUCAACCAUUCAUCUUCUUUUCCCCAAUAAGAUCACCAAAUUUCCCCAAGUAAACAAUCCAACAUCACUGAUCACCCUUUUCCCAAAUAACUACAAAACGAUCGAGAAUUAUAAUCAGAUUUCUCUCACGGAUUCCUAAUCAUUUUUAUUAUAUUUGGAUAUUUGCUAAUUCUUCCCGUGUAUAAAUCUCAUAUAAACACGCAUCAUACAUAUAUAUUAUGUGCAGCGUCUUUGAGUUUCAAGACAUGGACAACUUCCAAGGAGAUCUAACAGACGUCGUACGAGGAAUAGGAUCAGGCCACGUGUCACCAUCUCCUGGACCACCGGAAGGUCCAUCUCCGAGCAGCAUGUCUCCGCCGCCAACAUCAGAUCUCCACGUGGAAUUCCCCUCCGCCGCUACUUCUGCCAGCUGUCUCGCAAAUCCCUUCGGAGACCCGUUCGUAAGCAUGAAGGAUCCUCUCAUCCACCUCCCGGCCAGCUACAUCUCCGGCGCCGGUGAUAAUAAAAGCAACAAAAGUUUUGCAAUCUUUCCAAAGAUUUUUGAGGAUGAUCAUAUUAAGAGUCAAUGCAGUGUCUUCCCAAGAAUUAAGAUCUCGCAAAGUAACAAUAUCCACGAUGCCUCCACGUGUAAUUCUCCGGCCAUAACCGUCUCCUCUGCCGCCGUAGCAGCUUCGCCGUGGGGCAUGAUCAACGUUAAUACCACUAACAGUCCAAGAAACUGUUUACUUGUCGAUAAUAAUAACAACACGUCAUCAUGCUCACAGGUUCAGAUCUCUUCUUCCCCUCGGAAUCUCGGAAUUAAGAGAAGGAAGAGCCAGGCAAAGAAAGUGGUGUGCAUACCGGCUCCAGCCGCUAUGAACAGCCGGUCCAGUGGAGAAGUUGUUCCGUCUGAUCUAUGGGCUUGGCGAAAGUACGGUCAAAAACCUAUCAAAGGUUCUCCUUAUCCAAGGGGUUACUACAGAUGUAGCAGCUCAAAAGGUUGUUCAGCUAGGAAACAAGUCGAACGUAGCCGCACUGAUCCAAACAUGUUAGUCAUUACUUACACCUCUGAGCAUAACCACCCAUGGCCUACUCAACGCAACGCUCUCGCAGGUUCCACUCGUUCCUCUUCCUCCUCCUCUUUAAACCCUUCUUCCAAAUCCUCAACCGCAGCCGCCACUACUUCUCCCUCAUCCAGAGUUUUCCAAAACAACAGCAGCAAAGACGAACCCAAUAACUCCAACUUGCCUUCCUCUUCCACUCAUCCUCCUUUUGACGCCGCCGCAAUUAAGGAGGAGAACGUGGAAGAGCGUCAGGAAAAGAUGGAGUUCGAUUAUAAUGACGUUGAAAAUACCUAUAGACCGGAGUUGUUGCAAGAGUUUCAACAUCAGCCGGAGGAUUUCUUUGCCGAUCUCGACGAGCUUGAGGGAGAUUCUUUGACUAUGUUGCUCUCUCACAGUAGCGGCGGAGGCAACAUGGAAAACAAAACGACGAUUCCAGACGUUUUUAGUGAUUUCUUUGACGACGACGAGUCCUCAAGGUCGUUAUAAAUAUUGUUGUUAAUGUAUACAUAGAAAUGAAAUUAUUCAUGUAAUUCGUUUUGUGUUAAAUGACGGUAUUUGCCUUUGCAACCUUUGCCUGUGGAAGCCGAUGAAGGGUAACCUCGUUAUUUACACUACAAUUUUUGGUGGGG